GGGGAUGGGGGGGUUUGAUUUAUGGAGCCGGAGCGGCUCCGAGAGCCGCCGUGAGACGGAGCCCUCCUGCCCUCCCCCGCGAUCGCGGCUGUGCUGGAGGGACGUUCAAAGAGGUGAAGGUCUGGAAACAAAAAAGUCGCGCCUGGGACACGAUUACGCAGCCGAUUCUGGCCCCAACCCGGAAGUUUAUGUCGCGAACACGUGUUGGUGGGAAGGUGGCAGGGCUGCAGCCGCCGACCCUCUGGCCCUCCCGCCGCCUCCCCUGGGGCUUCCCCGCCCGGCAGAGCCCUCCCGGGGCCCCGCAGCCUCAGGGGAGCUGAACCGCAGCGACAGACACGGCCUCAAAGUCCAGGGACUCAAACACAGGUUGCUAGGAGAUGGUGGAGCCAGGACAAGACCUGUUGCUUGCUGCUUUGAGUGAGAGUGGAAUCAGUCCAAAUGAUCUCUUUGAUAUUGACUCUCCGGACGUGGUUCUUGCAAAUCCAGCACCAACUCCAGCUGUUCAGCAGUCAGUACCUCUUAGUGCAUUAGAACUGGGCCUGGAGGCUGAGGCUGCAGCUGCUGUGAAACAAGAACCAGAGACUGUUUCUACUCCAGCCUUAUUAAAUGUUCGGCAACCACCAUCCACCACAACCUUUGUGCUGAAUCAAAUAAAUCAGCUUCCAACCUUGGGGACUACAAUUGUGAUGACAAAAACGACGCCUGUCACGACCACCAGACAGACCAUCACUGUAGCAAAGAUCAUCCAGACCAGCACAACCACCCGGCCCUCGGUGGCAGCACCAGCAGUAAGAAAUGCCUUGACCACUGCACCUUCCAAGGACCAGAUUCAGCUGAAAGAUCUGCUCAAGAAUAAUAGUCUUAAUGAACUCAUGAAACUGAAGCCACCUCCUAAUAUUGCCCAACCAGUAGCAACAGCAGCAACUGACCUAAGCAAUGGUGCAGUGAAGAAGGAGGCUUCCACAAAAGAGGUAGCAAGAAUAUGGAUAAAUGACAUUAAAAUGAGAAGUUUCUCACCCACCGUGAAAGUGCCAGCAGUAAAAGAGGAGGAGGAACCUGAGGAAGAAGAUGAGGAAGAAAUGGGCCAUGCAGAGACUUAUGCUGAGUAUAUGCCAAUAAAAUUAAAAAUUGGGCUACGUCAUCCUGACCCAGUAGUGGAAACCAGCUCGUUAUCCAGCGUGACUCCUCCUGAUGUGUGGUACCAGACAUCAAUAUCAGAAGAAACAAUUGAUAGUGGCUGGUUGUCAGCUUUGCAACUUGAAGCAAUCACUUAUGCAGCCCAGCAACAUGAAACAUUCCUGCCCAAUGGAGACAGAGCUGGAUUCUUGAUAGGUGAUGGUGCUGGUGUAGGAAAAGGAAGGACCAUAGCUGGAAUAAUCUAUGAAAAUUACUUGUUAGGCAGAAAAAGAGCAGUCUGGUUUAGUGUGUCAAACGAUCUGAAAUACGAUGCUGAAAGAGAUUUGAGAGAUAUUGGAGCAAAAAACAUAUUGGUUCAUUCAUUAAACAAGUUCAAGUAUGGGAAAAUCUCUUCCAAACAUAAUGGAAGUGUGAAGAAAGGUGUCAUCUUUGCUACCUAUUCUUCUCUUAUUGGGGAAAGUCAGUCUGGAGGGAAAUACAAAACCAGAUUAAAGCAGCUGCUUCACUGGUGUGGUGAAGACUUUGAUGGUGUUAUUGUAUUUGAUGAGUGUCAUAAAGCAAAGAACCUGUGUCCUGUUGGUUCAUCAAAACCAACAAAGACAGGUCUGGCUGUACUGGAACUUCAAAAUAAACUUCCCAAAGCCAGGGUUGUUUAUGCCAGUGCCACAGGUGCAUCUGAGCCAAGAAACAUGGCAUAUAUGAACCGGCUUGGAAUUUGGGGUGAAGGAACUCCCUUCAGGGAAUUCAGUGAUUUUAUUCAGGCUGUUGAAAGAAGAGGUGUUGGUGCCAUGGAAAUAGUUGCUAUGGAUAUGAAGCUGAGAGGAAUGUACAUAGCAAGGCAGUUGAGCUUUUCAGGUGUAACUUUCAAAAUCGACGAAGUUCUGCUUUCACAGGAAUAUGUUAAAAUGUACAAUAAAUCUGUGAAACUGUGGGUCAGUGCUCGGGAGAGGUUUCAGCAGGCGGCCGAUCUCAUCGACGCAGAGCAACGCAUGAAGAAGUCCAUGUGGGGGCAGUUUUGGUCAGCACACCAGAGGUUUUUCAAGUACCUUUGCAUAGCCUCCAAGGUGAAGAGGGUGGUGCAGCUUGCUCGGGAGGAAAUCAAGAAUGGCAAAUGUGUUGUCAUUGGCCUGCAGUCAACGGGGGAAGCAAGAACAUUGGAAGCUUUGGAGGAAGGUGGAGGUGAACUGAAUGACUUUGUUUCCACAGCAAAAGGAGUAUUCCAGUCUCUUAUUGAAAAGCACUUUCCAGCUCCCGACAGGAAGAAGCUGUUUAGCUUGUUGGGAAUUGACUUGACUGCUCAAAGUAACAACAAUUCACCCCGAGACAGCCCUUGCAAGGAGAACAAGAUAAAGAAACGAAAAGGUGAGGAGAUCAGCAGAGAAGCCAAGAAAGCUCGCAAGACGGGGGGCCUUGCAGGCAGCAGCUCUGAUGAGAGUGAGAGUGAGUCUGAUGCUUCAGAUAAUGAAGAAAGUGACAAUGAGAGCUCCAAAUUCUUGAGUUCUGGAGAUGAUGAUGACUUCAACCCAUUCAGAGAUGAAUCCAGUGAGGAUGAUGAAGAUGAUCCCUGGCUCAUUAGAAAAGAGCAUAAAAAAAAUAAAGAAAAGAAAAAGAAGAAAAGCAUAGACCCAGACUCCAUUCAAAGUGCCUUACUAGCCUCUGGCCUGGGAUCCAAACGACCCAGCUGCUUCACUUCCACUGUUGGUACCACCACCUCGAGUACCAACACGUCUGCAAACAGUAACACAAACAGCAGCUUUGUAACGAGUCAGGAUGCUGUUGAAAGGGCCCAACAAAUGAAAAAAGAACUGCUGGAUAAACUGGAAAAGCUGGCUGAAGAUCUUCCACCUAAUACACUGGAUGAGCUUAUAGAUGAACUGGGUGGUCCUGAAAAUGUUGCAGAGAUGACGGGCCGCAAGGGGCGGGUUGUGAGCAACGACGACGGCAGCAUUUCCUACGAGUCCAGGUCUGAGCUGGACGUGCCUGUGGAAAUCCUGAACAUCACAGAAAAGCAGAGGUUCAUGGAUGGAGAUAAGAACAUUGCCAUCAUCUCGGAGGCCGCCAGCUCUGGGAUAUCAUUGCAAGCAGAUCGGAGAGCCAAGAACCAGAGACGGAGAGUUCACAUGACCCUGGAGCUGCCCUGGAGUGCAGACAGAGCAAUACAGCAGUUUGGAAGAACUCACAGAUCCAACCAAGUGACUGCUCCAGAGUAUGUGUUCCUCAUUUCUGAACUGGCAGGAGAGCAAAGAUUUGCAUCCAUAGUUGCAAAAAGACUGGAGAGCUUGGGAGCCCUUACCCACGGGGACAGAAGGGCCACAGAAACUCGAGACCUCAGCAGAUUCAAUUUUGACAACAAGUAUGGCAGAAAUGCUUUGGAGAUUGUUAUGAAAUCCAUUGUGAACUUGGACUCCCCAAUGGUCUCACCUCCUCCUGAUUUUCCUGGAGACUUCUUCAAAGAUGUUCGUCAGGGAUUGAUCGGUGUGGGCUUGAUAAAUGUAGAAGACAGAUCCGGAAUACUGACACUUGAUAAAGAUUAUAACAAUAUAGGGAAGUUUCUGAAUCGAAUUCUUGGAAUGGAAGUCCAUCAGCAGAACGCUUUGUUCCAGUACUUCUCUGACACGUUAAAUGCAGUUAUUCAAAAUGCUAAAAAGAAUGGGAGAUAUGACAUGGGCAUCUUGGAUUUGGGCUCUGGGGAUGAGAAAGUAAGGAAGGCAGAUGUUAAGAAGUUUUUAACUCCUGGAUAUUCUACCUCUGGACAUGUAGAGCUGUACACAAUCAGUGUGGAGAGAGGAAUGUCUUGGGAUGAAGCAACAAAGCUCUGGGCUGAACAGACAGGUCCAGAUGAUGGAUUUUAUUUAUCACUACAGAUAAGAAAUAACAAGAAAACAGCAAUUCUAGUAAAAGAAGUGAAUCCUAAAAAGAAGCUUUUUUUAGUAUACAGACCAAAUACUGGGAAACAACUCAAACUAGAAACAUGUGCAGACCUGAAAAAGAAAUAUAAGAAGGUACCCUCUGAGGAUGCUCUGCCACACUGGUUGGAGCAGUACAAUUCCUCUGCAGACACCUGCACCCAUGCCUACUGGAGAGGCAAUUGUAAGAAGGCAGGUCUGGGACUGGUGUGUGAGGUGGGACUGCGCUGCCGGACCUACUACGUCCUGUGUGGCUCCGUGCUGAGUGUGUGGACAAAGGUGGAAGGAGUUCUGGCCUCUGUGAGUGGGACAAAUGUGAAGAUGCAGAUUGUUCGCCUGAGGACAGAGGAUGGGCAGAGGAUCGUAGGUUUGAUCAUUCCUGCAAAUUGUGUGUCGCCCCUCGUGAACCUCCUGUCGACGUCCGACCAGUCGCAGCAGCUCGCGGUGCAGCAGCAGCAGAUCUGGCAGCAGCACCACCCCCAGAGCAUCACCAACCUCAGCAACGCAUAGGAGGAGGACAAGCUACAGGUGUUGACUCUGGUGUUUUGAGGAAAAGGCUGUAAAAGCAUAUCACUUGCAUAAAAAUCAGGGACAGAUUCCAAAGAAAUAUAACUUUUUCAGUUCAGUUGUGUGCUCUCAAAUACUUUGGGAAUAAAGAGAUCUAAAAAGGUUGGUAGAACUGAAAGCCAGCAGUUGUUUAUGGUGGUGCAUCUGUCUUUCCUUAUGCUCUCUGUAGUGCUUCCUGUUUGCUUUUACUUUUGGCCUUUUAAGCUACAAACCAUGAUUUGUUUGAAAACGCUUGAAAAUCCCCAAGCAGGCUUUAUUUUUAUCUUGUCAUACAGUGCUCAGGGUUUAACGCAGUGCAUCGAUGCCAUUGCUGUGGGAGAUCUCGAAUGCAUGUAUUGAGUAUAUAUAUAGAAAAUAUAUAUUGGGUUUUUCUCUUCAAUUUGAGUUUAUAAAAGCAUGAAACCUAGAGAUUGCACAUCAUGCAUUCAGGUUCCUUCCCAGUUUCUGUUUGACAGUGCAUGUCUUUGGAAACGGGCAUGGACAGGAUAAACACACGAGGCAGGAAUUCGGAGAGAAACACAAUCUUAGUUGUACAGCAUUGGUUAUUGCAUUUUUAUAGUGUUUAUACCCAGGUGUUGCAUUUUUUUCUGGUUCUCUCCUGGGGGUUAUAUAUUUGAGUCUACAACAUGUUCUUUUUGUGAUAAACAUCUUAAAUUAAAAUUAAUUCAUUUUUAAUGUAUUAAUGGUAUUCCUAAUGUGUACUGCAAAGAUGGCUGGAUGCCUGUUUUUCCUUAAAUUGAAGCAUUUCCUUAAUCUGAGGUGGUUAUGGAAACUUAAGUGCAAAUUCACUUCCAUCUCGCAUACAAUCUUCUAUUUUUUACUUCAUUAACGUAAUUUAAUUUGUCACUUGUAAGAUGAAACCUUACUUGAGCUGUAAAUUAGAGAAUGGGAAACACUUGAGGGUUCCGCUGUAUGUGCUGUUUCUGUUACCCAGUAACUUGAAUACUGUUUAAUAUGUUGUAAGACAUUGUAGAGUUUAUCUGGAGCUGUUUAAAAGAAAUUGUAAUGUACAAAUGUGAAUAGUCACUUAUCUAUAAUAUGGGUAAGUUUUGUUUUGCCUAUAAUAGUAGAUGUUUAUAAGAAAGUGAAGGACAAUGUUUGUCAUUUCUUGCUUGCACAGGUUGCACUAUUGAAAAAUUGAGAUUGUAUAAACCUGUCCAAAAAAACUACAAGAUAAUGAUCUUGUAGAUGUCAAAUAAAAGUUAUUGUACUAACAA